AAGUUAGACUGCUCGUACUGAAGAGUUUCUCCUGACUAAAAUGGCUCGUUUUUCGCUAACCCUCCUCGCACUGGGUGCUGUGCAGGUAUUUGCGACACCUGAGCCCCUUGUUUUGAGCUUGGCUCGUGGGGCGGUUCAGGCAGCUCAAACCAAUGUGGGAAGAGCAGCAAACCUUACCAAUGCGGCCGUGCGCGCGGGGAGCGAUGGUGUCAACCUGAUUCUGGACGCCGCUCAGGGACUGGAGGCCGUCGAGUCCAACUUUGUCCGAGGAGCUCUCAACACGGGCAGGGGUUUUGGCAGUGAACUGCUCACCCAGACACGCAAUGUGGCAAACAACCUGCGCAGCGGUCUGCUCCGCCAAACUGUAAACCGAGGUGUUGACGUAGCUCAGAGAACCCUGGAUACCGGAGUCAACGCGGCCAUUUUGGUUGCCAACACUACCCAGGGAAUGGUUAACGGCACAGUAGCAAUCGGCAAACGGUUGAGCAGCCGGGUGUCCGGCCGGGCACAGAAUGCCAUCAGCGGCGUUAGUCGCGUCUCGAAGUGGGCCCUCACUGUCAAGGACAACGCCCUGGCGGCUGUGCAGGGCUUGCUGCCGUCCCGACGCACCAGCCAGUGAACAAACAGGAACAGCUGCAAGAUUCUCGCGCGUACACCGAGGGGUCCCCCACUCUGCAAGUGGGUGUACAAUGAGUUGCGCGAGUGUCCGCGAGUAUACGAGAGUAUUAGCGAGUAUCUAGUAUCCGCGCACAGUUAAAACCUUACGAAGCAAAAUGCCAAAUUCUUCGUACCUACGAAGGAUUUGCUCCUUACGAAGCUUCCAAAUCCUUCGUGCUACGAAUUAUUUGGCAUUUUUCUUCGUAAGAUUGUAACAGUGCGAGUUUACGCGAGUAUCUGCUAGUAUUUAGCGAGUGUUUCUCGAUUUUUCGCGAGGUUCCGCGAGCUGUCAUGUCGCGAGUUUUUCGCGAGUAAUCGCGAGUAUCAGGCGAGUAAUUUUCCUCAUGUACAACGAGGUGGUGAGUGGCAGACCCCUCGGCGUACACUGUACGCACUCUAAUACGCAACCGGAGUCUGAUCCCUCAAAAAGGAAGAAAAGGGAGAAACAUAUCUAUUGCCUAGUCUUAUUCCGCUUGAUAAACUAUGUCAUUGUGACAGUUGGCAUUGAGCUGAGACAAAGAAUCAUGAAAAGAAAACAACUUCAAUCCAAACGAACAUUACGUUUAAAAUUAUAGAAACAAAAAUGUACAUUUCCGUAGUUUAAUGUGUUUCGAAGAAAGUAAAUAAAACUAAGGAAAAAUGCUACACUAAAA